AGAUCACGUCGACUCGCUCCUUUCCUUCCAGGCCCUGGUGAAGUACGGAAGGCCGGAAGGGCCGGGCUCAAAGCUCCGCCUCUGGCGCGACCGGCGACUGGAGCGCAGGGCAGGGGUAGAGGCUCUCAGAUGGACCUGCUAGUCAGCUGGAGAGCAGCAUGGAGGCGUCCUGGGGGAGCUUCAACGCUGAGCGGGGCUGGAAUGUCUGUGUCCAGCAGCCUGAAGAAGCGGAGGCCGAAGAGUUGAGUCCGUUGCUAAGCAACGAACUUCAUAGGCAGCGAUCCCCAGGUGUUUCAUUUGGUUUAUCAGUGUUUAAUUUGAUGAAUGCCAUCAUGGGAAGUGGCAUCCUUGGCUUAGCUUAUGUUAUGGCUAAUACCGGUGUCUUUGGAUUUAGCUUCUUGCUGCUGACAGUUGCUCUCCUGGCUUCUUACUCAGUCCAUCUUCUGCUUAGUAUGUGUAUUCAGACAGCUGUAACAUCUUAUGAAGAUCUUGGACUCUUUGCAUUUGGAUUACCUGGAAAGUUGGUGGUGGCAGGCACCAUAAUAAUUCAGAAUAUUGGAGCUAUGUCAUCUUAUCUUUUAAUUAUUAAAACAGAGCUUCCUGCUGCUAUUGCAGAAUUUUUGACUGGAGACUAUAGUAGAUAUUGGUAUCUCGAUGGACAAACACUACUAAUAAUCAUAUGCGUUGGCAUUGUGUUCCCUCUUGCACUUCUUCCCAAAAUAGGCUUUCUUGGCUACACAAGUAGUUUAUCAUUUUUCUUUAUGAUGUUCUUUGCUCUUGUGGUAAUAAUUAAAAAAUGGUCCAUCCCUUGUCCUCUGACAUUAAAUUAUGUAGAGAAAUGCAUCCAGAUUUCAAAUGCAACAGAUGAUUGUAAGCCAAAGCUCUUUCAUUUCUCCAAAGAGAGUGCUUAUGCCUUACCAACCAUGGCUUUUUCAUUUCUCUGCCAUACCUCAAUAUUGCCCAUAUACUGUGAACUUCAAAGUCCUUCAAAGAAAAGAAUGCAGAAUGUUACCAAUACAGCAAUUGCUUUCAGCUUUCUCAUUUAUUUUAUAUCUGCACUCUUUGGGUACCUCACUUUUUAUGACAAAGUGGAGUCAGAAUUACUAAAAGGUUAUAGUAAAUACUUAUCACAUGAUGUUGUUGUCAUGACUGUGAAGUUAUGCAUACUAUUUGCUGUACUUUUGACAGUCCCUCUAAUCCACUUCCCUGCCAGAAAAGCUGUAACAAUGAUAUUUUUCUCCAAUUUUCCAUUCUCAUGGGCUCGCCAUUUUUUGAUCACUCUAGCACUCAAUAUUAUCAUCAUUUUACUUGCAAUAUAUGUUCCUGACAUUAGAAAUGUAUUUGGUGUAGUUGGUGCCAGUACAUCAACAUGUUUGAUUUUUAUAUUCCCAGGACUAUUUUAUCUUAAACUUAGCAGAGAGGAUUUUCUCUCGUGGAAAAAGUUUGGGGCAUUCGUUUUGCUCAUCUUUGGAAUUUUGGUUGGGAAUUUUAGUUUAGCACUCAUCAUUUUUGAUUGGAUUAAUAAAUAAAAGAAAUAUUUUCCUACAUCUUACCAGAAUAAUAUACCUCUAGAUGCAAGAAUGAAUUAUUCCAGAAGACACCCUGGAUGAAAAAUAAUAUUUUAAUAAAAAUUAUUAACAGAAAAGCAGAACAAAA